AGAAGCGCCUCGCUGGUCCGCAGAUGUUCUUCUGAAGUCGCUCCGUUCGUCGCUGUUGCUUCUGCAGAGUUCACCUGAGGUCAGCAGCAUGUCCCGCGGGUCCAACGCCGGCUUUGACCGACACAUCACCAUCUUCUCCCCGGAAGGCAGGCUCUACCAAGUCGAGUACGCCUUCAAAGCCAUCUCUCAGAGCGGUCUGACGUCGGUCGGCAUUCGGGGGUCGGACUGCACCGUCGUGGUCACGCAGAAGAAAGUGCCGGACAAGCUGCUGGACUCCUCUACUGUGACCAACAUGUUUAAGCUCACCCCCCUCAUCGGCUGUGUGAUGACGGGCCACAACGCGGACAGCCGCUCUCAGGUCCAUCGAGCACGGGUCGAAGCUGGGGAAUGGAAGUACAAGUUUGGCUACGACAUCACGGCGGAUGUGCUGUGUCGCAGGCUGGCAGACAUCUCGCAGGUCUACACGCAGAACGCAGAGAUGAGACCUUUAGGCUGCUGUAUGAUCCUGGUGGCAAUCGACCCCCAGCUUGGCCCCGUCCUGUAUAAAUGUGAUCCGGCUGGCUACUACUGCGGCUUCAGGGCCACGGCGGUUGGUGCCAAACAGACAGAGGCCAAUAGCUUCUUAGAGAAGAAACUGAAGAAGAAGCCUGCGUUAGACCUCGAUAAGACAGUACAGUUGGCCAUCUCCUGUCUAUCCACUGUGCUCGCUAUUGACUUCAAGGCCCAUGAGCUGGAGAUCGGCAUCGUGACCAAAGACAAACCUAAAUUCAGGACUCUGACGGAUGCUGAGAUUGAAGCUCACCUUGUCGCCAUAGCGGAGCGGGAGUAGAGGUCCCCCAGGUGCCAACCGGAAUAUCAAACCAGCAUUACAGCGUUCACCAAAUUGGUUUAACAGUUGGACCGUGAGAGCACCCUGUCCUGGAGAAGGAUUAGUUUUGCAGAUCAAUAAGAAUUUAGAUGAUAACGUUCAUAAUGCAGGAUCAGUGUAAUGUUAGAGCUCUGAAGAAAGACCUUCAUCAAUGUUUGAUGUUCAUGUCAUCAUGUUCUGCAACCAAUGUGUUUAUUAAUAAACAUGUCCACGGGUUUUCACAAUAAAACAGAA